ACUCUCUCGCUGGCUCGAGGGGCGGCCGGCAGCUGGCGCUGGCAGAGGCGGCGGCGGCGGCGGCGGCGGACCGGGAUGGGACGGGCGCUGGGGCGCAGGAGCCGCGGCGGCGGCGGCGGGGGCCGCGCAACUCGGGCCAAGUGCGGGGCAGCCGGCCAGGGCGCGGGGCUCUGAGCCUCGGCCGCCCCAGCUCCCCAGCCACGCACGGCCGAGCCCAGGAGAGCGCGCAGAGGCGCAGCCGAGGAAGCGCCGCCAGCGCCGGCGCCUGCGUCUGGGGAGGAGCGGCGCGCUGGGAGCGAGCCAUGCCCGGCGCCCGGGCGUAGCCGCCGGGGGCUGCUCCGGGAGCCGCGGGCCGGGCCGGGCGCGCGAGAGGAGCAGCCCCGCGCCGCGCCCACCGCGCGCCGAGGACCAUGCCGCCCCCGGGCCGGGCGCCGCCGCUCGGGCUCCUGCUGGCGCUGACUGCGCUCCAGUGCCCAGUGACAGAGAGUCGAGGGAUUGUGGAUAGCCUGCAGAAGUUCUCCUCGCUCCCUGCUUACCUCCCUACGAACUUGCACAUCUCCAAUGCAGAGGAGUCCUUUUUCCUUAAAGAGGCCAACCAAGACCUCACAAGGAACUCCAGUCUGCAGGCCCGGGUGGAGCCAUUCUUCAUCUACCGAGCCAGAACACCCCCUGUUAUCAAUGCCAGCUAUGGCCCAUUUUCAGUGGAGAAGAUAAUCCCCCAGGAGCUCCUGUUGACAUCUACAGCCUUUGGAAAUAUGGACAAAUUUCCCUUCAACUGGAAAUUGAAAUCCCACAUCCUCGACAGCUCCAUCUACUCCAACAGACCCAAAGUGCAGACCUUGUUUUACGUCACUGGCAUGGGCUGGGAUGACAGCGACCUCACGGAAGAUCUACCCUGUGUCAAGAUGUUUGCUUUCCCUGAGGCCAGGGAAGUGGCGGCCAGCUGUCGGCUGCAAGGGGCCCCAGGGCUGUGUGUGGCUGAGCUGGAGCUGCUGCCCGAGUGGUUCAGCUCAGGCCUGGACCUGGAGCCGGAGGAGGAGAUCCCAGCCCUGCUCGGUGGCACCGCGAUGGAGCUCUUCUUCACGCUCUACCCAGCUGACAAGGCUGGCCAGUGUCCUCUGGAGGAGGAAGGCAAGUGGGAGAACAAUAUCCACUCAGGCCUGGAGAGCCCCCAGCAAGCAUUUCCAGCCCGAGAGAGGAUUGGGAGUGUGGUGGUCUACCCAACCCAAGAUGAUCUGAAGUGGUCCCUGGUGAGCUUGGACGAGAAUGUGGUCAUCUCGGUGCCUCUGAAUCUAGUCCGGGAAGGGGACACGGCCACCUUUUUGGUCUCUCUGACCAGUAGCUCUGUGGCAGACCAGUUCACUCUUAGAAUUAAGGCAGCAGCAGGUGUGAAGAUAACGGCAGUGAGAGUCAGCAGUGAGGACCAAUGGGCAGUCCAGGAGGAAAUUGAUAAUGGCAGCACUCAGACGUCGGCCACCCUCACCUGCAUGGGCCAUCGCCCGGACACGCAGAGCAGGGUAAAUGGAUCCUUCUAUGAGAUCUUGCAAGUGGACUUUGGAAUCGAUAACAGCAGUGACCUGGCUGGGGCCCAGCAGAUUACCUGGCAGGUGGAGUACCCUAUUGAGGACUCCAUGAGUGAGCUGGUCGUCUCCGAGAUCUUCGUCAGCCAGACAACCUUCGUGGGCAUCGUCCCUCUUGCCAUGGACACUGAGGUUUUGAACACCGCCAUUCUCACCGGAAAGCCUGUUUCGGUUCCUGUCAAAGUCGUGGGGGUCCAGGAGGAUGGUUCUGUGGUCGAUGUGUCUGAGUCUGUGGAAUGCAAGUCUGCCGAUGAAGACGUCAUUAAGGUUUCCAACAACUGUGAUUCCAUUUUUGUGAAUGGGAAGGAAAUGAAGAGCAAAGUGGACACGAUUGUGAACUUCACCCACCAGCACUUCACCUCCCAGUUCGAGGUCACUGUCUGGGCGCCCAGACUCCCCCUGCAGAUUGAGAUCUCAGACACUGAGCUGAGCCAGAUCAAGGGCUGGAGGAUCCCGGUUGCUGCCAACAGAAGGCCUACCCGGGAAAGUGAUGACGAGGACGAUGAGGAGAAGAAGGGACGAGGCUGCUCCCUGCAGUACCAGCACGCCACGGUGCGUGUCCUCACCCAGUUUGUGGCCGAGUCACCUGACUUAGGGCAGCUGACCUACAUGCUGGGCCCCGACUGGCAGUUUGACAUCACUGACCUUGUGACCGAGUUCAUGAAGGUGGAGGAGCCGAAAAUCGCUCAGUUACAGGACGGCAGGACCCUGGCUGGUCGGGAGCCAGGAAUAACCACGGUGCAGGUCCUCUCGCCGCUGUCGGACUCCAUCCUGGCCGAGAAGACAGUGAUUGUCCUGGACGACCGAGUCACCAUCGCAGAGCUGGGAGUGCAGCUCGUAGCUGGCAUGUCUCUCUCCCUGCAGCCUCACCGAGCAGACAAAAGGGCCAUCGUCUCCACAGCUGCUGCCCUGGAUGUUCUUCAGUCCCCACAGCAGGAGGCAAUAGUAAGUUCUUGGAUUUUGUUCAGUGAUGGUUCGGUGACACCUUUAGACAUUUACGAUCCUAAGGAUUAUUCUGUUACUGUCUCAUCAUUGGAUGAAAUGGUGGUGUCUGUCCAGGCAAACCUUGAGUCCAAAUGGCCAAUUGUGGUUGCAGAGGGUGAAGGACAAGGGCCUUUGAUUAAGUUAGAAAUGAUGAUAAGUGAACCUUGUCAGAAGACCAAGAGGAAGAGUGUUCUUGCCGUGGGUAAAGGAAAUGUCAAGGUCAAAUUCGAACCAAGUAGUGAUGAGCACCAAGGAGGCAGCAAUGAUAUUGAGGGCAUAAAUCGGGAAUAUAAAGACCACCUCAGUAAUUCCAUAGAGCGCGAAGGAAACCAGGAGAGAGCAGUCCAGGAAUGGUUCCACCAUGGCACACCUGUUGGCCAAGAGGAAAGUACCAACAAAAGCACAACCCCCCAGUCUCCCAUGGAAGGGAAGAAUAAGUUACUCAAAAGUGGUGGUCCAGAUGCCUUUACAAGCUUCCCCAGUCAAGGGAAGUCACCGGACCCCAAUAAUCCUAGUGACCUCACAGUGACCUCAAGGGGGCUAACGGACUUGGAGAUUGGCAUGUAUGCCCUGCUCUGCGUCUUCUGCCUGGCCAUUCUGGUCUUCUUGAUCAACUGCGUGGCGUUUGCCUGGAAAUACAGACACAAAAGGUUUGCUGUGAGUGAGCAGGGCAACAUCCCCCAUUCCCACGACUGGGUCUGGCUUGGGAAUGAAGUGGAACUUUUGGAGAACCCUGUUGACAUUACACUCCCGUCGGAGGAGUGCACAACCAUGAUAGACAGGGGCCUGCAGUUCGAGGAGAGGAACUUCCUUCUGAACGGCAGUUCCCAGAAGACUUUUCAUAGUCAACUACUCAGACCCUCUGACUAUGUCUAUGAGAAAGAAAUUAAAAAUGAACCUAUGAAUUCUUCGGGCCCAAAGAGGAAGAGAGUCAAGUUCACUUCCUACACCACCAUCCUCCCAGAGGACGGCGGCCCAUACACCAACUCCAUCCUGUUUGACAGCGAUGAUAACAUCAAGUGGGUCUGCCAAGAUAUGGGGCUGGGGGAUUCACAGGACUUUAGAGACUAUAUGGAAAGACUGCAAGACCAGAUGUAAACUCCUUUCUUAUGUUUGUAUUCACCUUUAUGCCUUCUGUUUUUUGAAUGCUGGAGCAGUGAGUUUGAUCAGCAAUAGGGGAUGAUUUAACAAAGUUUGAUUUGUGGAGGUCUGGUGGGAUUCAUUUCUCAGCAGGUAAAAGAGGUCUGGAGAGCUAUGGAAGCUGGGUUUUAAGUCUGGAAAUGCCUCUAAAACAGCCACAUGUGGGGACUGGAGAAAUUCUAAGACAACAGUUUUAUGGACUGCCUGAUACGAGCUCAGUGCAAAUGUAUUAAACCUGACCCCACAGACAUUGUUAGUCAUCUUGUGACAAAUGGCCAUGUGGAAUUAGAAAAGAUUUGGGUGUUGAUUUUUCUAUUCCUAGACCUUUUAAAGCACAGUGGACACUUAUUGCCCCUUGGCCUGAGUUUAGACAUACAUGAAAGAUGACUGAAUGUAGCUAUCCUGAUUUGUCAUGAGCGCUGCUCAUUAUUUUUAUAUACAUUUGCACCUGCACCUGUUCCUUUGACCUCUGGAAUUCUUUUUGAAACAUGAAGAGAAGAAAUUUCGGUCUUUUCCUUGAGCUCUGUUUGAUUUACACGAGUUUUCUUCCCUGGGAUUUGCCAUGCCAUGUUAUUUCCUGGGUCUCCAUACAGGAUGUCAGGUUUUUCCAGUUUUCUGCACUUCAUCAUCUAGGGAUAGUAUCCAAGAAGCUUAUUCUCACUUUGUUUUUCCUUCUUUUUGUUGUUGAACUUUCUUGUAUAACACUGGGACAAAGGGUUUUACUUAAAAUGUUAAUGUACAGUGAGGGAGGGCCAUCUCUUUACAGUUUUCUACGUGAAGUUUCAAAAAUUUGGAGAAAAGUUGUCCAUCACAGACAUUUAUUUUUAUUCUCUGCUUGUUGAAAACUCAUGGGGAACUCCUGGAGUGCAUUUCUGAGGGUAAAAAGGCCCCAGCAUAGCUGUAUUUAUACAAGUGCUUUAUGGCCAACACAAUUUAUUAUCCAAACUGAAGUCUUAAAGUAGACUUGACCUACACAGAAAGGAAAUUGCCUAGGAAAUAGAUGCAGAUUACACUUUCCAUUUUACCAGAACAAAAGUUUUUUUUUUUUUUUUUUUGAAUAAGUAGAAUGACAUUUCAAGUUAGCAAUAUAUAGAAAUCCAUCCAUACAAUGACCAAAAAAACCAAAAAAAACCAAAAAACUCAAUCAUACUCUGGCAGAGAUAAAACAUUGACAGCGUGUGCAUUUGUGGAGAGCAGCAGUGGGUUUCCCCCCAAAACCCAUACAAAUAAAUGACUAUUCCAGAACUCAAGAAGCAGCUAUUGUAGAAAACAAAUUUAAAAACCACAGCUAUUGAGAAAUCAAAAUGGCAAGAGAAAAAAAGAAACAACUCCUGCAUAAUGGUUAAAUAAAAAUGUUAUUUUAAUAACAUCAUGAAUGGUCUUAAGGCAAAAAUUUCAGAUUAGCAAAAUGUAAUGACAUAUUUAUUAAGAUCGUAUUAUUGGAAAUGUAGACACUGGACUGAUAUGCCUCAUUAUGAGCUUUACUGAGGCAUUUGCAUCUCUAAGAAAUAUAAUUUUAAAGGCCCAAAGUAGAAAGGAUCUGCAGGAGGUCGCCUGAAGCAGUGCCCUGACUCCAAAUGGCUGAUAACUGAGCUAAUCCAAGGAGAGGCGUUCAGCUGUUCUCCUAUUAUAGAUUUCCUUGGAUGGGAACAUGACAACCCAGCCUCCUCUAGCCAUGACGUGGCAGCCAAGAAGUUCUUCCUGUAUCUCUGGCCCACAGGACUGUAGUAUGUUUGUGAACAGUGCUGAAAUUGCAAGUGAUGUAGGCCUGACCUCCAGAGCCCAGUGUUCAGUUAGUUCUAUAAAAUGGGGCUUAGGAACCGAAGCUGGUGAAGUUCCCAAAAUAGUUCAGUUUGAUGGGAUAAGGAAGCGAGGAGAGCCAGGCAUUAGCUGCAAAAGGAGCUUGCAGAGAGAUGGCUGACACUUUAUGGGAAGAUUCCUCAGUCAGCCAAAAGCUUUUCAAAGAGUUUGGUGCAGAGGUAGCUCAGAGCCAACCAUACAGGACCGAAGAAAGUUCAUGUGCUGAUUGACACGUAGCUAUGCAGGUGAGUCGGCUCCUUCUGGGAGGCUUUUCAGUCCUCUCUCUCUUUGGAUCUCUAGCAUUCCAGAAAGACUGGGAAAUCAUUUCUGAAAAUGAAGAACCUCCGCUGAAACAGGGAGGAAAUCUCUCACACACAUACAGCAGGGUCCUGCCCACUGGUAAAGUGAGACUUUGGGUAGGGGGUAUAACUGGGGAGGAGGUAAAGGAAAUUAUCCCUGCCAUGGGGAGUGUUAUUAAGGAACAUAUAAAUUGGAGCAUUCCCUCUGAUGGCAGUGCUUGAUGGGGUGCAGGGAGCAAACUGGGGAGCAUUCAAACAUGCCAGCAGGGCUGGAAACUGGCCGCAGUCCUGAAGAUGCUUCUUGUGAUAACUUAGAGUCACCCUGAGUGAUACAGCUCCUGUGUAGCCACCUUUGCUCCUUUGUGUUAAAACCCGGUCAGUUCAAAAUAACAAUCAAAUGGAAGGCCAUGGGGGAAGGGUUCCUUCCACCAUAUAACCCAUACCCAGAUGUAUAGAAACACAUAUACAUACAUAUACCCGUGUGUGUGUGUGUGUGUGUGCAUGUGUGUGUGUGUGAAUACUGAAGAGCCAGACAACAAACUAUUUAGUAAGAAUCAACAGUGACUGUCAAUUGUUCUCAGAUUUGGCAUGGAUACUAUUUCUCACGAAAGAAUUUCAUUAAAAUAUUUCCUCCUCUAAAUAUUUCCUGAAGUUUAUAAACCAUGGGUUAUAGCACCUUGUUUUCCACCUAGUCAAUAUACAACUAUUAGGUGCUGUGCCCCAAAAUAUCUAAAGUGGGGGUAAAGAUAUAAACUAUUAAGCCAUGAAAUCUAAUUUUCUGGGGACCAUGCAUUUGCCUGGAUUUUCCAGGAUUUUAUGGCUGAUAGACCCAAAUUAUUAGUCUUGAUAAAUAACCUGAACCAAACAUUUAUAGAGUCCCUUCCUCUCCCAUGGGAAUGGAAUGCUCAGACUCCCGCUGAGGGAGACACCAGCAAGCCUCUUGAGAAAGCACCAGACAGUGAACUCUGUGGUCACAUGAAGGGAGGUUCAGACGCUAGACGACCAGCAUAUGACCUGGAACCACUGAGGAUUGCAACCGCUGCCUCCAGGGUCCAGAUGUGCUGCAGUAGAGGCCAGAGCACGGGAAUCAAGAAACAGCUGCCACACCAAAGAACUGAUGCUUAAACACACAGGUGUGUUGCAUUUGAGAGAAGGCAAGAAGAAAAGACAAUAGAAGGUUACCCUGGAAAAGCAACACCUAGCAAACCUCAGAAUACUCCAUGUGUCCCAAGAGAAGGAAGAAUUGACUUCCUAGCUGUUGUAUAUUGCACACUGGCCAGGAUCAAUUCUCAGGCUAUAACAAUCCUGACUAUCUAGACAGAAGUUUCUAUCUCUAAAGUCAUGCAGGGGGAAAGUUGAUGAAGUUUCGUCCCAUUGCCACAUCUGUAGACUAAGUAAUUUGUAACUUGCUAACUUUUAAGUUUUAGAACGUCCGCCUUUGUGCAUUUUGGUAGCAUUCUUGUUUGAUUAUUUUAGAAAGAGGCCUUCCCAUUGCUGGGAUGUUGGGGCCCUGUCAGAGAACUAUUAAGGCUCUGUGAGGGAACUAUUCAGUCUCACAGCCAGGACCACAGAGUGCGGUUUCAUCUGAACCCUACGUUUCAGGGACACCAAUGUGUUUUCUACUCUAGUUACCUAAACAUGGUCUCAAUUUUCCAUUUCAUUCUCUGUAAAUGACACAAUAGAUGGUUUAUAAACUCAGCAACCCUCCCCUUUUAUUAAAAUUAUAUAUAUGUGAUGUAAUGCAUAUCACCUGUCAUGUAAAGGGACAGUAUGGAUGGUGGGAAAGUUAUGCUAAAAUAUGGAUUGCAGAUAUUUUUGUAUGUAAUAUAGGCAAUAUAAUGAAACACCGAGUUUUUUAAAGUGAAAGCAUGCAAAAUUGUAGCUUUUAAAUGUACAGACAUCCCACUCAAAAAUAUCUAAACUGAUAGUGGGAAAAACAUUUGAGACCUAAUAACAUCUGAAUUUGGAAUUCUGGCCUAGAAAGGCUGUGGCUUAUGUGGGGAUUGAUGAUGGAAUCUGCCAGAACAUUUUCAUCUUAUUCUUCUUGACUUCUGGAUUUUUUCCUUUUCUUUUUUCCUGGAAAUAUUUCGGAAAUAAAGUGACUUCAUUUUUCAGCAUAAAGGUAUAUUCUAACCACAGGGUAACACAUCGUUUUUAACAUGAAAAUAAACAUUUAAACAUUCUUCAGUUGUUUCAUUAUUUUAUCUGCAUGUUCCCUAAAACAGCUGUAUGGUUGGCUAUAAUAUAGAUUUAUUUUUUCUUUUCAGCCAGAGAUUUUAAUACCCUUGAUGCAGUAAUAAAUGGACAUCAAAAGAAAACCUUUCUUAAAAGUUGCCAACACAUUUUACCUUGAAGACAUUUCUUAUUUGUUAUCCUGGUAGGCUGGGGAAAGCUCUCCAGAUGUCUCAGAAAAAGAUCUCCUGUGUCUCAUGGCCCCGCCCAGGGUCAAACCAUGUUGAAAGUCAGUGCUGAAAUGCAUGAUGCUGCGGGUGUUUGAGAGCCUUUGACCUCUGUCCACCCUUUGGUCUUUGCUCGUCAAUGGCUUGGUCUUGUAUAUGUAUUUGGGGCAGGGGCUUUGUACUGGGCCCAGGGUGCUGAGGUUUCCAGAACAGGCAGAGCUCUAGAGACCUAAGAAAACCACAGGACAGGUGAGGAUUCUAUUUGAGAGGCCAAAGUAGAUGUUUCAGCUGAAAGACGGGUGGUACACUUGCCAAGUCCCUAGAGGGGCUAGAGGCUCUCUGUUGGUGUGUGUGUAUUUCUUGAAACUGCAGAGUCGUUUCUGGCAUGCUGGCAAAUGCUGCUCCUUGCUUUCAGGAUGAAUAGGGAUGCCUCUUUGGCAAUAAUUUGACGUGUCAUAAUAAAUGCCCAAUACCAGACCUAAUCUUUCUCCAGGCCCUUCAGAUACCAUUCAAGUAACUGGGUGUAAACACGGGAGUUGGCUUUGUGAAACUGAGGCAGGAUUUCCUGCCUCUAAACUAUUGGCAGCAAAAGAGCCAAAAAUGUGCUCCCGGGUGCAAAACCCCAGCCCCAUCAGAAUCGCUUCUCAGCAGUUUGGGUAACUGUUUUCCACUAACAGCUUCCUCCUUGUCUUUUCCCUGGGAAGAUGGGAGCCCUGACACAGAACUCAACCAGUCCAGCACUUUGGGAGGCCCAGGUGGGCAGAUCACCUGAAGUCAGGAGUUUGAGACCAGCCUGGGCAACGUGGUGAAACCCUGCCUCUACUAAAAAUACAAAAAUUAGCCAGGCGUGGUGGCACGUGCCUGUAGUCCCAGCUACUCUGGAGGCUGAGGCAGGAGAAUCACUUGAACCUGGGAGGUGGAGGUUGUAGUGAGCCAAGAUGGUACCACUGCACUCCAGCCUGGGCAACGAGAGCAAGACUCUGUCUCAAACAAAAACAAAAGAAGAAAAACAAAAAGAACUUAACCAGUUCUCCCCAGAUCUCAGCGUGCAUGCAUAUAUAGAGUUUAGUAAAAUAUGUUUCAAAAAAAGAAGGAUAAAAGAAAGUUUGAAAUAAGAUUUGUGAAAGAACGAACACUUUAUAUUUAGGUUUUGUGUGUGGGUGCAAAAUGUAAACAUGGCAUUUGAAAUUUUUUGGUAUUGAAAUCCUUAAUGCCUGUUAGUUUCUUUAUGGUUUCAUACAAUCGAGAUAGGUUCUGAAGUCUUUUUGUUGUUUGCUUUUAGAAAUUUUUAAAAAUACAAAAAAAAAAGCGCAGAAACAUUUUCAUCUGGGUUACUGUGUUUAUAGACUAUUCUAUGGCUCAAGACAAAUAGGGCACCAUCAUUUUCCAGAUAAGAAAUAACAGUUCAAGUUCAUUAGGGAAAUUAUCUUCCCAGUCCAAGCAAGCAAUAACGUUAUCAACUUACAAUACUGGACAAUCUUCAUAUUCUAGGAGAUGCCUUUAAAAUUUCUUUGGAUUUAAUUGCUGCUCUUGGUCAGUUGUUCAAAUGAAACAUUGUAAUUUUAUGUUAACGACAAGAGUCUCACGGGAGUCUCUUUAGAUGCUGCAGGAACUGAGAGGAUAGAAGACCUCUCUAUACAUCUACAUUGCCCAUUGGAGUAAAGCACUUUACGAACAGAGAGAUGGAUGCCGCUUUGGGAUUUGGGGUCUGUGUGAUGCUGAUUUUUUUCAAACCUAUUUGGAAAUAUUGCUUCUUUGGGAUGGCUGAAAUAACUUUUGACCUGACACAUCUUUCUGUACUUCCUGUGGCCAAAACAGCAAGUGAGACUUUCUGUUUCCCAUUAUAAGGCUGGAGCUGAAAUAGUCUGCCACGUUAUUGUUACCUCCUUUGUAAGAAUUUGACUUUCUGAAUGAAAUAACAGAAUGCCAGUGUCAACACUGACCAUAUGAUAUCGUUAUUUCACUUAGAGAUGCUUCCUCAAAGAGCGUGCCUUUUUCCUCCAUCAUAACUGCUUUAGGAUCUCUGUUUUAUCCACGUAUUUCCCACAUAGUAGAAGCAUUUUCCAUUUCCAUGAAUAUUACAGGCUGAGAAGGAGCACACAUCUGGCACUGAUAAGCACACUGGCCCAGGCACUCAGCCUUCUCAUUUCAUUAAUCUGGUUGGUGACAGUUUCCAUCGGGCACACCUGGAAAUGUCCAUCGGACCUAUUGCCGUCUCAGUUGCUGCAAUGCAGUGAAUUACCCCAGAGCCACCAGUUCACAUGCCCAAAGAUGAACUGGCCCAUGGAGGGACUUGAUCGCCAAGUGACUUCCUUUCUGUAGUUAUCCUCUGAUAUGACCCUUAUUUUGGACUUCUAGCAAGGGCCCCCAUUCAAUGUGGAUUCCAAGAACAAAACCAAUUGUCCAACCUCCAUUACAGGGGUCUCCUAGGUAUUCCCCACACAUUAUUGUGGGCAUAAGCAAACACCACAACUAUGAAAGGCUGAGAGUGGAGAAUUAAGUUAUAAGGAAAUGAUCAAACCUAGGAAAAAAUAAGUGGCUAUAAAACACUGAAAGAUAAUCACAUCCACAUAGCGCAUAUCAUGCAGCAGACCCGUGCUCUUAGAGGGAGGUAGUGUGUGUCUUCCCAUGGCAAAUAAUUUUUACAAUACUGCUCAUGUAUAAUGUGUGUCUACAGGGCAUGCUGUUGUCUCAAAAUUGAAAUGUGCAUCUUAGGUAUCAGUUCCCAGCCUCAGACUCUUCUCAGGCAGGUGGACUGGAUCUCAGCUGCAGAACAUAGUGAGUGGCCAAACCUAUACAGGCCAGCCAGUAGUGUGCUUUGGGGUGAUUGCAAGGCAGCAAACAGUGGGGACAAGUUUUGUCUGGCAUUUGAAAAGGUGUUAUCCCUUACUUUCCACAUUUCUGAAUCGGAUUCUUGUUCCCUGGUAAACGCCAGAUAUUAUAAACAGAGCAUGCUGUUAUGACAUUGUGCUUCUAUAUACCUUUUUGUAUAAUGUAUCUAUCUCAUUAUAUUACCUAUGGUUUCAGUAUGAUCUGUUGUGUAUGUUCCACCGUAUAUUUAAUGUCUCUGUAAAGGCACUUCCAAACAUUUUGAAAACGAAGAAAUAAAACAUGUUGGAUGAUUCCUUGUUAUAGUAAAACAAUUAAUUGGUAGGUUCCAGGAAAUAAUCUUUUCUUCAAACAGGUGUUCAGAGGUAGAUAUUCAGAUGUCCUUAAGUCUGCCAUAGAGGAAGCUAUGUCUUCAGGUUCUUGAUGGCAGUUAUGGGCUGAGACCUUGAGAAUAAAGGAAAACGAUGGCUUAUUUAAGCAUAAGGGCAAGAUUCCCAGAGAAAUGGGCUGGCUCUCGAGCCCCAAAGAAAAUACUUUGGCAAAACAUCAUGUUGGGCCCUAGUCUACAUUAGGAAGGGACCAUCCAGAAAGAAGACAGUGGUGCCCCGUGAAUGUCUAUAGCUAAGACAUGCAAACUCAAUUCUUGGAAAAGGGGAAGAAAAGUCAAUUUUUCUUUAAAGCUGACAAAGUUGAGUUUUAAUGAGAGAAAAAGCUUUAUUCAGAUAUGUCUCUGCCUGUAGGGAGAGGUUUGAAGUGGCAGGAAAGUAUUUAUGAGGUCUGAGUGGCAGGAAAGCUCAUUCAGGCACCAAAAAUUCCAGUUCAUGUUCAUAGUCUUGGGAUGUGUUACAUUUAACUUCAUAACAACUAAAAUAUUUCAAUGUGUUGAGUCUCCACUGCUCUGCAAAUAUUAACCAGGAAAAGGACCUCUACCAUGCCAUACCUCUACCCUCUCCAGACAAUUGGCUUUAAUAGCUAUGUUGCCUGAACUAAUGUCUGCCAUUGCUAACUAAAAUCUCUUAGAAUUCAGCUUUAGAAAUGCAAAUACCCACCCAUGAUAGUGUCACGUUGGCUUUCUUAGAUAACCGUGGCAGUCUUAAGCCAACAUCCAUGCUCUCUGUGAUAGUUACAUGGGUCUGUGGCAGUUUCUUAACCAAUAGCGUGGUCAGCACUACUCUAGACAUAAAGAGUUGUUUACAGAAAUCCCUUCUCUUCGUGCAAAGGGCAAUAACUUUAUAAACAGAACAUGGCUGAGAUACAACCAUUUCUUCGAUGCCUUGACACUUCCUUUAAACAAAGAUGCAAAACAGAACUCAAGAAGGCAGCAUCUCCAAGACCUCUGACGCCACCUUGGAGCACGGUUAAUCUACAGGUGAGUUUCCAUGGUGGAUUGGACACAAACUUGGCUUGAGCUACACAUAAUGGAGAACCUUGCUUGGUGCUACAGAUUAUUAUGGGUCAAUGCUGUUGAAAAUUGAUCUUUUAGUAUUCUAAAUAUUUAAAUAAUACUUGUCCUAAAAAUUGUUAGCAUGAACUUGUACACUGUAUAUUCAGGUAUUCUUGUUUUAAACCUGCAAGAUUAAUGACAAUACUGACAUUGACAUUACCUACUAUUGAUAGUUUUUUUUCAUACAAAGCAGGGGGGAGCUUAUAUUUCUAAUUUCAGUGUUUUUUACUUUAUUUCACAAAAUCUCAAAGACAUUCUAUGACCUAGGAGCCUUCCAGUGCCCUUUUCAGCAGGAAUAAGAAAGCAUAUUUGGGCCGGGUGCGGUGGCUCAUGCCUGUAGUCCCAGCAUUUUGGGAGGCCGAGGCCGGGAAGAUGACUUGAGGUCAGGAGUUCGAGACCAGCCUGGCCAACAUGUUUAGUGAAAUCCUGUCUGUACUAAAAACACAGAAAUUAGCCAGGUGUGGUGGCGCACACCCGUAGCCCCAGCUACUCAGGAGGCUGAGGCAGGAGAACCACUGGAACCCGGUAGGCGAAGGUUGCAGUGAGCCGAGAUCACACCAUUGCACUCUAGCCUGGGGAACAGAGUGAGGAAAAAAAACGUAUAUUUGGAUUUUUAUACAUUAUGGUGUCUGUUAACUGGAUGACUAGUGUCCCUUUGUGUGUGCAUUGAGAAGGUGAUCAGAGAUGAAGGAGGAAAAAUCAGGAAAGCGAUGUUAACCAAGAGCCAAUUCAGGGAGCAUAUUAUUGUUCAUCAUUGUCACUCUAUAUGAGUCAUAUCUGUCCUUGGGUUGGGAGGGUUCCUUCCUAUUUAAUUAGGAAAUGUUAGCCCUUAAAGCUCAUCUAGGGAGCAUGAUUAAAUAACUGCUGCAAGUCUGAAGCUGCUGUACCUGGAGGAUCUAUAAACUAAAGAGCUCUUUGUCCCUACAAAGGAGUGGAUGGGUGCAGCACAUCAACAUGGCACAUGUAUAUAUAUGUAACAAACCUGCAUGUUGUGCACAUGUACCCUAAAACUUAAAGUAUAAAAAAAAAAAAGAGCUCUUUGGUCCUAACCUUUCUCUUCUUCUCAAGGAGCCUCUAAACUUCCCGUCUUUCCUUACGUGAUCUGAAAUCGAGUUAUGAUGUUUGGAGACCUCUGUCAGCCCUGUGGCAGUUCCAACUCAUAUCCAGACUCUCAAAUGCAAAGGGGAAACUACCAAACCUAAAAUGACUGCAGAUUAUGUUUAAAUGCCUGCAAGGCUUAAUAUUAUGCCAACUUCAUCACUGCUAAGUUUAGAACCCAUGAAAUUUUCAUGACGUUUGAAAACAAUCCAUGGUGGGACUUCCUAACUUUCCAAGAAUUUUCAAAUGCUUACAGUGAAUACCAAUAAAUUGUAGCCUGUUGAAAAUGAUAAAGAGUAUUUAAAACCAGAUAAUUUCAUAGGCAAAACAAUAACUUUACCAAAUAAAUGCAUUUCAUAUUUACAUGUGGUUUUACGAUAAAUGUUAGAUAUGCCUGGUAGUGGAACCUUCAGAUGGAAGAGCAUAUGUGGGGUCUGCAGCAGCCCUGAGAGAUGGCCCUGGUUCCAGGAAUCACCUGAUGUUUUCAUCCUGGUGAUGAGAAGUGUGUUCGGAGAAGGCACAGGAAAUAGGAGACCUAUUGGUAAAUUAUGGAACCAAGGGCGCUGUCCACUUUAUUUUAUUUAUAACAAUGAGUAUGUGGUUGAAAUAUGAAUAUGAGAAGUGAAAUACUUUUUAAAAACCUCACAUUACCCCAGUCUUCAAUGUUCUAGAUUUUAAAACUACCAAUAUGCUUUACUUAACAUAAAAUUAUAGGGCAAAAUGGGAAAACAGCUUGUUUUUCAUGUUGAGAGGAACACUUCCAUAUGAAAUGGGAAAUAAUGAUCCAAAAUAACCACUAAUUUGAUUAAUGUGACAAUAAGAGGUAAAAAUCCUCAUUACCAGGUUUAUGGAUCUGGCAAAGAGGCAAUGAAAACCCAUGACUGCAGUGAGCUGAUACUUUGAGGAAGAGAGAAUUCUGGCAGUAGUGAUUGGGUAUAAACUCUUUAUGGUCAGAUUAAAGUCAAAAUCAUAUUCCAGGCUAAGGAAGCAGCACACACAGAGGUAUGGAGUUCCAUGUUCUUGAAAUGUAAGGGACAGGAGCUCAGUAGAGCCUGGCUGAGUCAGGGAACCUCACUGUGGAGCUCCGACUUUUUGUAUCGUGACUCCUGUGGGAAGGGUGUGAGCUGGCCACCAGCAGGAAGGAGAUGUGACCUGAGUUAUAUUUGAAAAACAAACCUACAGCAUAUCAGCCAUGUACAGGGCUCUAGAUUUGGGUCUGAGGUGUUAAGGUGUUUCUUACUCCAAAGAGUUUAUGGUCAUCUAGGAGAUAGGUGCCUGGGAACGUGUCCUGAAUUCUGUUCAGUUCUUAAAUGGGGGGAAACAAGGGUUUAAAGGUGUUGAUGGAGCACAUGAGCUGAGUAGGCAGAUUGGAAGUAAAAUAUGUUUGGGUCAUACUGUAGUGAACUCUUUAGCAUGAUAUUUCUCCAAGAGUGUUAUAAUUAAGCUUGGCCAGAUUAGAUGAUGAAAAAAAAAAAGAAACAAAUCACUAAAAAAUAUAAUUCUGUGAACACAUUCUGUUUUUGGGAAUGCUUUUUAAUCUUCUCCCAUGAAGAUUUUCAGGCCAUAUUUAAGACUUAGAAAUAUGGCUGUGAAAAAAAACAUUUUAAGCAUUCCUUAACUCUGAAUUUUCUAUACAUUACCCACUUUUCUUUUUCAUUUUCCCUAUUUAAAUUAAUUAUUAAUUAGAUUUGUUAUUUGCUUAUUUUUGUCUAAACCUAUUUAAAUCCUCAUGGACUGCAUUGCACACUUUGAGGAAUGCUCCUGUAGAGUGUUCUGUCAAUAUUGCUAAAAAUUCAAAUUCUACUUUAUUUUUAGUUUCAGCAGUGUUUUUAGGAAGUGAAAGUACCCGUGGAGAGAGAGGAUGGGAGAAUGGAGAGGAGGUGGAUAUUGAGUGAUUUUAGAACAACUGUUUGAUCCUAUGGAUUAUUUGCUGUGCUUAAAUACGUACCUGGAAUCCGUAAAGCUUUGGGAUUCAACACAAACCACAAAACCCAUCCAAGAGUGACGAGUGGGGCAGGAAGGCAGGUACCUGCUCAGUUCGAGAAACUGUGAGCCCUUUUGAGGCUAAGCAAGGUAAAUAAGCUAAAUGCUUUUAUAAAAAUACAUUUUUUUACAAGAAAUAAUCUGUCUUGUAUCAGCCCAAACACUAAUGAGAUAUUCACUCUAGAAAAUCAAAAUCAGCUACUUUUGCUUGAGUUUACUUGUUUUUCUAAUUAGACCUUAUUUUUUAGAGCACUUUUUGAUUUAUAGCAAAAUUGAGCUGGAGGUUCAGAGAUUUCCCACGUACGUCCUGCACCCACACCCACACAUGUAUGUGUAGGAGAUUGAGUUCACCUUUCAUUUGCUAACAGGCAUAUUGAGAUACACUUCGCAUACAACACAAUUUAAAGUAUAGAGUUCGGUAGCUUUUAGUAUAUUCAUACCUUUACCACAGUCAAUUUUAGAAUAUGUUCAUUUUGCCCAAAAGAAACCCUGUACUUAUUAGCAGUCAGUCCAUUUUCCUCAACCCACUAGGUCUAGAAAGCCACAAAUUUGUUUUCUGUAUCUGUAGAUUUGCUUUUUUUCCGAACAUCUCAUAUGAAUAAAAUCAUAAAAUAUGUGUAUUUUGUGCCAAAUUUCUUUCACUUAGCAUACUGAUUUCAAAGUUGAUCCAACUUAUAGCAUAUAUCAGUACUUUAUUCCUUUUUAGGGCAAAGAAAUCUUCCAUUACAUGGAUACCCCACAUUUUAUUUCUCUACCCGUCACUUGCUGGGCACGAGUUGUUUGCAACAAAUAUUCAUAUACAUAUUCUUGUGUGGACAUAUGUUUUCGCUUCUCUUGGGUAUAUAUCUAGGAGUAGGAUUGCUGGGUCAUAUGGCAAGUCUCUAUUUAAUGGUUUAGACUCAGUACUUUGUUUUCUGCCUUUCCACAGCUCAGUUUCAUAAAGAGGCAGGAGCCUUUUGUUCAGGGCUCCUUGGCAGUAAGGUAAUUUCCUCUUCUGCAUUGUAUCCAGCUGACCCUUGCUCAGUGCUGUUCUUUGGUGGAAAGACGGAAUGCUGGGAAGCCAGCACCUCUUACUCCUUCUAGCUAGCAGUUUUACAGUGAUAGAUAUAAUAGAUAUCUUCAGCUAGUAUUGUUGAAUUAUCUCUCUGAUUCUGUCCAAUUUUGCUUUAUAUAUUUUGGGGCUCUGUUAUUAGGUAUGCAUAUAUAGUCAUUAUUGUUAUAUCUUUGUGAUGGUGUGACCUUUUUAUUAUUUUAGCACUUUUAUAUCUUUAGCUCUAAUAACAUUUUUAAAGAUUGAAAGUUGAUUUUGUCUGAUGUUAGUACAACCACUUCAGCUUCUUUGUAGUUGCUGUUUGCAUGAAGUAUCUUUCUCCAUUCUUUUACUUUCAAUUUAUUUGUAUCUCUGGGUCUAAAAUGUAUAGAUAGCACAUAGUUGAAUCUUUUAAAAAAUACAGUUUAUAAUCUCUGAUUUUUAUUGGAAUGUUUAAUCCAUCCACAUUUAAUGUUAUGAUUGAUAUAGCUGGAUUUAUUUCUGCCAUUUUACAUUGUGUUUUUAAAAUAUCUCAUGACAUUUUUAUUCCUGUAUUUCUAUUGUACUUUUUUGCAUUAAGAAACAUUUUCCAAUGUAAUAUUUUAAUUCAAUUGAUAGAUUUUUCACUAUUUGUUGAGUUAUUUUUGAGUGGUUGUGCUUGAGCUUGCCAUCUAUGUCUUAACUUCAGUUUUGUACUAACUUAAUUCCAGGGAGACAUAGAAGCAUUGUUCCUAUAUAGCUCUAUAUCAACUCCCCUUUCCUGUGGUAUUAUUGUUAUACAAGGUACACCAUAUAUGUUACAAAUUCAAUUAUUUAUAGUUAUAAUUAUUACUUUAAAUAUAUCAUUUAUGUCUAUUAAAGAAGCUGAGAGCAGAGAGGAGAUAAAGUAUAUAUUUAUAGAGUUUGUUAUAUUAAGCCUCUUAUUUGUCAUUCUGAUUCUCUUUAUUUGUUCUGGUGGACUUGAGUAAAUAUGUGAUGUUAUUUCAUUAUGCACA